GCAGGUCCGCUCAGUCCGGCAGCAGCGGGAGCGGGAAACUUGCAGCACAAACACACAAACUGAAUCCAGCAGCGUCCUGCGAUGCUCCUGAAUGCUGCUCCGGUUGUAAACCUCCUCUUCCCUCCUGCUCUUCUUCCUCUCUGUCCUCUCUUCCUCCUGCUGUCUUGGGCUAAAUCGCGCGCCUUCGCUCUCCGAUGUGAGUUCGUCCGUGCGUAAUAGUCCGGCUCCGCGCGCGCCGUCAUGGCUUAUCCUCAGGGCUUCCUCUUCCAGCCGUCCGUGUCUCUGGCUCUGCACUCCUGCCCGUCCUUCAGCUCCGGGGUCAUCUUAGGACCGAGGACGGAGGAGCUGGGCCGCUCCUCUUCGGGCUCCGCCUUCGCUCCGUACUCGGGAUCGGCGACCUCUCCCGGAUUCAACUCGCACCUCCCGUACGGCGGAGAGCCCCGGGCCGCCGCCACACUCAGCUCCUUCGUGAGUCCAGGCUACGACCCGUCCUCCGGCAUCUCCGGCUCCUUAGACUACCACCCGUUCGGGGCCAUGGGGCCCUACCCGUACGGAGACCCCACCUACAGGAAGAACGCCACGCGGGACGCCACGGCCACGCUGAAGGCCUGGCUCAACGAGCACCGCAAGAACCCCUACCCCACCAAGGGGGAGAAGAUCAUGCUGGCCAUCAUCACCAAGAUGACCCUGACCCAGGUGUCCACCUGGUUCGCCAACGCCCGCCGCCGCCUGAAGAAGGAGAACAAGAUGACCUGGACCCCCAGGAACAGGAGCGAGGACGAGGAGGAGGAGGACAACAUCGACCUGGAGAGGAACGACGAGGACGAGGAGCCGAUGAAGACGAGCAACGACGAGACAGAGACCAAGAGCGAGGCCGCUGGCCAUCGUCCGUCCUCGGGGGGAGCCUCCUGUGUGUUGACGUUCAGAGACGACAGCGACACCGACCGAGGCUUCACGGACCCGGACAGGCCGCCCCUCAUCCCGGGCCCCGCCCCCACGGGCCCCCCCUCUCCCCAGAACCUCCCGCUCGGGAUGCUGAGAGCGUCAGAGCUGGAGCACACGCCGAGCCCGCCGGCCAAGGAGCACGGAGACUCCUGCGGCGCCAUCCAGGGGCCAAACACGGCCCCUAAACCCAAACUGUGGUCCCUGGCUGAGAUCGCCACGUCCUCGGACAAAACUAAAGGACCUAAUGAGUCCUCUCAGAGCGGGGGGGCCUCCACGCCCCGGACCCCGUUCCCCCACAGCCCCGCCCUGCCCCGACACCUCUACUACACCUCCCCCUUCAUCCCGGGAUACUCCAACUACGGCCCCCUGGGGCCCCUGCACGGCAGCCCCGGCUCACACUUGGCCUCCGCGACGCAUUUAAACGGAUUACAGCAGACGAUGCUGCAGAGAGCCGAGGCCGCGGCCAGAGACUGUAAACUGCGCAGUCAGAGUCAGCUGGAGCUGCACGAACUCAAGAAGGGCAUGACGAACAUGUAGAGCCCGGGACACGCUCACACUUAUUUAUUAGGACUGAACAGCUGAUCGGGAUUCUGCCCGGAGACGUCCCGGAUCCCAGAGAACGAUGACACAGACUGAAGGCCUCACUCAGGCCUCAGACUUUUAUUUAGAAACAAAUAUCCAGCUUUUCUAUGUUGAUCAGAUGUAAUCUUUGUAGUGCGUUUCUGCACAGAACAUGAAGUAUCAUUAAAAACUAGUUUUAUUAAUACACAACUGAUGACCUGACAUUUUUCAACAGAAACCUCGAGUGCGGUCAGUCAGCUCAGACAGUCAGAACACAAUGAGAGCUCAAUGAAGGAUUCUGCAGCUUCUGAGAGGGUUUAAAAAACAAGUUUUAAACCUCGGCCACAGGAUGAACAGAUUUUACAUCUGACCCAGUGAGGAUGUCACGAUCUCUGACGUCCUUUCAGAAUAAAGCUCAGAGGAAACAGAAGCUGCAGAGCUUCAUUCAGAAUUCUCCUGAUCUGAACUUUCCUUCAGUCUCACAGUGAAACACUGACACCAGGACUGUGAACAGGCUGUUUCUGGCCUGCGUGUCCGUGUUCACGUUUCCAUCAGAUCAGCACAGACGUUUUCAUUUCCUUCAGAAAAAGCAGCAGAAGGAAAAACUCACAGAUCCACGUUAAAGUCAGUCAGCAGUAAACACCACAUCAACAGAGACGCUCUGCUGGUUCUCUCCUGCAGCUGUGAUCAGACCUCAGCUUC